UUGUUUUUGGAAAAAUGAAGCCUUCUUCUUCUUCUACAUCUUCCUCCUCUGGUUCUCGAUCGUUUACGCUGUCUUCGGUGACAGUGGCGGUCGACAAAGCCACGAGCGAGCUUCUCCUCACUCCUGAUUGGACCAUCAUCAUCGCCAUCUGCGACUCCCUCAAUUCUAAUCUCUGGCAAUGCAAAGAUGCGAUCAAAGCUGUCAAGAGAAGAUUACACCACAAGACUUCUAAAGUGCAACUACUCACUUUAACGCUAUUGGAGGCAAUGCUUAAAAACUGUGGGGACUUUGUUCAUUCUCAUAUCGCUGAAAAACAUCUUCUUGAAGAUAUGGUCAAGAUUGUCAGGAAAAAGGGUGAUUUUGAAGUAAGGAACAAAAUAUUGAUAUUGUUGGAUACUUGGAAUGAAGCGUUCAGUGGAGUUGCUCGGAAACACCCUCACUACAACUGGGCUUACCAAGAGCUUAAAAGGUAUGGUGUGAUAUUCCCACAACGUUCCAAAGAAGCACCCCUGAUGCUUACAGCACCCCCACCUCGCCCGUCUUCUUCUUCUUCUUCUUCUAUGAACUUAAUGUCCAUUGGUUCGUUUCGAAGGCUCGACGAAACAAUGGCUACCGAAAUUGAGAGCCUAAGCUUAUCAAGCCUUGGAUCGAUGAGAAACGUGAUGGAUCUUGUGAACGACAUGGUUCAAGCCGUGAAUCCUUCUGAUAAAUCAGCCUUGAAAGAUGAGCUAAUCGUUGAUCUAGUAGAGCAGUGCAGAUCUAACCAGAAGAAAUUAAUCCAGAUGCUCACUACAACUGCGGACGAGGAUGUUAUGGCACGUGGUCUCGAGCUGAAUGACUCUUUGCAGGUAGUGCUCGCCAGACAUGACGCUAUUGCCUCUGGUGUCUCUCUUCCUAUGUUGCAGCUCCCAGAGACGAGCUCUGCCCCCAGCACUGGCGAUGCUGCUGCUCUUGAGUCUGACUCCGACUCUUCUUCGUCAUCCAGCAGCGAAAGUGAAAUAGAUGAGGGGGAUGAUACUAAAAAUGACUUUAUGCAGUUAGCCAAAAGGCACGCUCUAUUAAAUGCCGAACACAGCGAUGAAGAAGAAGAAACAUUGCUUCUAGGCAACAUAAAUGGAAAAACUGCAGAAACAGAAGCCAAGACAGAGUGCAAAGACCUAGCUUUAUUCGACACAACAACAACGGCAACAACCAAGUCAGAGCAGGACAUUAUUGAACUUCUCAGCCUAACUCUGUCAACAACUGCUCUGCCCUCUCCACAAGCGCAACCCCAAAUUCAACCGCAAGCGCAGCCUUCAUCGUAUUUCACUGACGAUAAUAUUCUUAUGAACAGCUACGUUGUCCCCUGGGCACAAUCUCAGGCAGAUCCGCAAGUCCCAAAAAUGGCUCAGUUUGCUCCACCAGUGCCUCAGUUUCAACCAUGGCUUCCGCAGCAGCAACAACCGUUUUCAUACGGUUAUCCACAGCCGCAAUGGAGCAAUGUCCAAGUAAACAGUAAUGACACAACAUUGUGGAGCCAGGGUGGCAAUGAAAAUAAAAUCUUCGAGAGAAACUUGCAAUACUCAAACUCCUUCCCUGCUAGAGCCGCAGGGACAUCAGGUGCUGCUGCUGUAGCUGCGGUGGACGGGCAGCCGAUGAGGCCCUAUGUUCCUCCAUACAAAUUAUUUGAAGAUCUUAACGUCCUCCGGAACGCAGAUGGAGGCGUCAGGAGUAGCAAAUGACCUUUGUUGGAAUCAGGAUAUCAUAGUUCCAAAAUACUUCAAAUACUCCUACAAAUUUACAAUAAUAACGAAUAAGAUUUUUGAAAAACUU